GCGUAAUGUCCCAGAAAGCGAUAGAAACAACGCCACCCUACAAAGCUAUCUCAAGAAAACAUUGGAAGAGCACUUCUGAUGUAUGUAUACACUAGGUAGAUUAAAAGCGUCCUCAUUAUAAAUACGUCGCCAACUUCGUGUAUCUAGGAAACAAGUCUCAAAGAAUCAACAACUUAUUCCUUCACUAGCUACACAACUUUUUUAAGUUUCUUAAUUGGCCAUCCACACACUCAUCAUGUCAACUUCUGCUACUCGUGUUGUUGUUGUCACCGGUGCUUCUCGCGGUCUCGGGCUCGAAUGGGUCCAACAACUUAACCAGGACCCAAAGAACUAUGUGAUAGCCGUGGUGCGCAACCCUGAAAAGGCAACACAGUUGAAAGCUUUGCAAGGACAAAAUAUCGCUAUUGUUAAAGGCGACGUUUCGGAUUUUGACUCGUUCCCGAAUGUGGCCAAGGAGAUCUCAAAAGUCGCGGGUGGAAAAGUCGAUGUUCUUAUUAACAAUGCCGGGGUCAUGAUUGGUACAGGUGCAGAAUUUGCUACCGGCAUCUCCAAAUCCAGCCCCGAUGAGUGGGCUGAGCAGUUCAAAAUCAAUGUGACUGCUCUUGUAUUCUUCACAAUUGCUCUCAUUCCCCUACUGGAGAAUGGACAGGAGAAAAAGGUCGUCAAUAUUGCGUCGAUGCUUGGGGAUGUUGGAUUUGCGUUGGAUCAGCCUAGUUAUCAUUUCUCGUCGUACGCCGUGACUAAGGCUGGCGUUACAAUGGCUAAUGCGAAAUUCCAUGUGGAAUUCAAAGAGAAAGGUUUUACUUUCUUGGCUCUCAACCCUGGAUGGGUCAAUACCGACCUUGCAGGCGAGGGUAAAGGGUCUUAUGCACCUUUGCAACCAACAGAGUCCAUUCGUCAGUGCCUUAGUUUCGUCAAUCGUGCGACUUCGGCAGACAGUGGAAAGUUCUUUACACUAGAUGGAAGGCCAGAGGCUGCCACACACUAAUUAUUCGCUGUAGUCUCCGAUUGCAUGAUGUAAGGGGAAAUAGAAUUUGGAGAUUUAUCAAUGGCGAGUUUGAUUAAACUCUUCUGGUGACAAACAUAUCAGUAUUUAACACAAGGAUUCUAGAGGACGUAAUACCUCGU